AGCGUUUCGGGCUCCAGCCGUUCCGCGUCCCGCGCGCCUCGGCAGCGUCGUGUGCGAGCGCGGCCCGAUGGCGGCGGUUGCUCCCUGCGAGCCGCCCGCCAAGGGCGCGAUGCUGAAGGAGGUCUACCGACCAGGAGCCCUCCUGACGAGGACGGCAUCCCCGUCGUGGAGUGCGCUAACCCCGGUCGACUGCCCCGCGAAGAUCUUGCCACCGCAAGGCGUGUUCUUCACCGAGGAUGCGGCGGUCUUCGGCGACGCGUGGGAGAUCCCUGGAUUCAUGUACCAGGCCGACCAUUUCCACCUCGCCGGCCGUGCGCAGAACUACCUGCCGGGCGCGCUCGAGUACAUGGUUCAGCCCAGCGGCCUCGGACCUCCCCGCUGGGAGGCGGAGUGCCGGCAGACGAGCGCGUCCGAGGUGGGCGCCGCAGGGUGCGAGGCCGCGUCCGACUGCAGCACCAUCGAUUCGUGCCUGCAGGGGCGGCGGCCGCGGGCUGCACGCGCAGAAGGCAAGCAGCUGCAAGAUUUGGGACCACCAGAAUGUCCGACUGAAGGCUCCGCUGCACACAGGUCUGGCAAGUGCAAGCCGUGCGCGUUCUUCUUCAAGGAGGAGACCCUACGCCCCUUUGUCGAGGCGUCGCCUGCAAGUUCUGCCACCUCUGCGACCCCGACGAGAAGAAGCGACGCAAGAAGGAACGCAAGGUGCGGCUCGCCAUCCGAAGCGCGCAGAGGGCGGCCGCUGCCUCGUGACGCGAUGCUCGGGGAGGGCAGCGGGAGGACGAGCAGCGGCGAAGCGUCCGGGCUUGCCCGUAGGCCCACCCAAGGAUGUUGUGAGAAUAUCUCGUGGUCUGCACGAGCUGUUCUUGCAACGCUUCUGGCUCAGACCGUUCUGUUCUAGCACAUCGGGAUUCGAUUCAAAGACGCGCUGCAGAGGCGUAUCAUACCACACCGUGUCUGCAGCAUAGCGAGGGAUUGGACAGUCGGAUGCCCGCCAGGGGGCCUUUGCGCAUUGGUUCUGUUCUGUACCAAAGGCAGUGCAUUCACUGCAGCCUGGUGCCAGUACAACCCUACAGGGGGCACCGCUGCAGCCUGCCCCCUGCGCACUAUGCGCCUCCAAAUAGCAAAGUAGGUAAAGCGGUACCGCCGCCUCGACCUGUUCUCACGCUUCUGUUCGCGAUGAUCUAGCAGCCGUCUGCAUAGGAGUUCUGUCUAGGUGCGCGGGUUAUAAAUGGCUAUGUCGGGAGAAGAUGUCUCGGAGGGAAGUGAUUGCCUUACCAUGAAGUGUUGCACGUCACCUUUUUAAGGUAGCGGGCCAGAUUACAUACCAGCCUGGCGCCCGGGCAGCCUCGCGAUCUCUUAGGCGUUUUUUGUAAUUCACCUGGUGCAGGUGUUCAUUUUGCUCGUGCUGGCGACCGCGAGAUCUCUGCAGGCCCACCUCCGUCUUUCCAUGAUAUUUCUUCUUUCGCUGGUCCUUGCCGCUCUUGCUUCCUCGCUU